AUGGAUCUGCCACAGGCAUCGGCAAUACCAACAGCAGGCACGGGGGAGGAGGAGGCAGAGGUCGUAUGUUUUGGCUGCGGCUCGGCCAUUUAUGACCCCUUCAUCAUGCAUGUUCAGCCUGACCUCAAGUGGCACGGAAGGUGUCUCAAGUGUCAUAAGUGUGAGCGCGGCCUCAGUGACGAGACCAGCUGUUUCGUCCGCAACGGCAAGCCCUACUGCCGAGAGGACUACUGCAACAGUAGUUUCCUCCAGCGCUGUGCGGGUUGUCAGCAGCCCAUAACCAAGGUGGAUCUGGUCCUCCGGAUUCGCAACCAGACCUUCCACAUGGGCUGCUUCCGUUGUGUGGUGUGCUCUGCCAUCCUCCAACCUGGGGAAGAGAUCGCCUAUCGUCGCGAUAUGCCCUACUGUCUGCGAGACGCGAAGCUGACAAUGCCAGAAAAGUGGAAUCUUCCUCCACCUACCGUGUCUAGCACCGCCGCUCUCAUGGAGAAUGAAGCUGCUGAGCCCAAGGUGCUCACUCUCCUAUCGCCGGUAAUCCCCUCGUCCACCUCAAAGUCCACCGAGGACCAACAACAACAGCAACAACAGCAACAGACGCUAAAAUUGGUGGAUGGUAGUGAGACGGCAACUUAUUUAAGUCCCCAACCACCCCAUCGUACGAGGUCAGACAGCACUUCCAGCUCCCUUGAUGGUCCGAUGGGAGAAAACGGUAUUUGCCUCCUUAAUCAUAAAACACACUUCAGACCACCAUUUUGUUUAAACGUUCCAAUGACCCCAAACUCGGAGGGCAGUCAGGACGAGGACGAUUGUAGCAGUUUGUUUGGGUGUAUGACUUCGGCCGCAGUCUCGUGUCUAAGCGGCGACACUUCUCAGCAGCACACCAACUCCGCUCUCAAUGGCGAAACUCCGUCUAUUCAAUCGACAACUAACUCAACGGCCGGACACAACCAUCUCGUACGAAACGGCAGUGGAGGUGGUAAAACCGGAGGGAAGCGCUCCAAGGAACAAAAAACCACCAGGGUACGAACAGUGCUAAAUGAAAAGCAGUUGCACAUGCUGCGCACGUGUUAUGCGGCAAAUCCUCGUCCAGACGCCUUGAUGAAGGAGCAGCUGGUCGAGAUGACUGGCCUCAGUCCUCGGGUCAUUCGGGUCUGGUUCCAAAACAAGCGCUGCAAGGACAAGAAGAAGCAGAUUAUGAUUAAGCAGAUGGAACAGCAUCAUCAGAAUGGACUGCAUCCCUGUGGAUUACAAGGCGUUCCCAUGGUAGCCGGUAGUCCACUGCCCAACGAUCCGACCAUGCUGUGUUCCAGCUCCGGAAUCGAGGUUCAACGCAUCUCCAGUGAUAGCGGAGGAGGAGGCGGUAGUGGCGGGGGAGCAGGAAACAUGUGCAGUCCUGCAAGGCCUGACGUCCACACUCCACCACCUUCAUCUCAACCUCGUUUUUCCCCAGCCUACCCACCCCCGCCACCACCACCGCCGCCCUCACAUCUCUUCAAUGGCAUGCUGCCUCCAAUAUCCCAUGUUGAAGUAAAGCCAUCUUUACCACACUCCUCCUCUACCUCCUCAUCGUCGGCUCAUCUCAUGCUCUCCUCGUCCAUGGGCUUACCCACUGGAGACGAGGGGCCUUUUCCACCCUUUCAACAGCUUGUGUCAACAUUUGACCUGAUGGACCCAUUGCAACGGGGCCAGCCAGGACACGAGGACGGUUUCGCAACCGGAAGUCGUUUGUCUUACGGCCCUCCGGGUGGUCCCAACGCUCCUAGCAAUGGCCCUCCUGCUCCCACCGCCGUCGUAGACGGGCCACCCUUUGUCUUCCCCAUGGGUGAUCCCACAUUCACCACCCUUCGACCAAUCAGUCUACGACCACCCUCUCUUUCCACUUAA